AUGCCGGACUCACAGGGGUACACCGACCACGAAAGCCGCGGAUACCCAUUUCAAGUCGCUGACGUCCACGUUGUCGGUCCAGGCUACCACCUACUUGCUCCAGCGUGUUACACGACUCGCCGACCCGGUUUUGAUCCCGCCCAGCGCACGCCAACGACUUGCAAUUGA